GUUCGAGAGCACCAUCGAAAAUUGAGGAAGGAGGCUAAAAAACGGGGUAACAAGAAGCCUAGGAAAGACCCAGGAGUUCCAAACAGUGCUCCCUUUAAGGAGGCUCUUCUUCGGGAAGCGGAGCUGAGGAAACAGCGGCUUGAAGAACUAAAACAGCAGCAGAAACUUGAGAGGCAGAAGGAGCAAGAAAAGAAAAGAAAACUUGAAACUAACCCUGGUGUUAAGCCAUCUAAUGUGGGUCCUGUGGAGGAGGAAUUUGCGCAACACAACUCUAAGAAGAAAACCAAGUCGGGCAAACAGAAUAUAAAGAAGUUAUAUUGUCAGGAACUUAAAAAGGUGAUUGAAGCCUCAGAUGUUGUACUAGAGGUGUUGGAUGCUAGAGAUCCCCUUGGUUGCAGGUGUCCUCAGGUAGAAGCCAUUGUUCAGAGUGGACAGAAAAAGCUGGUACUUGUAUUAAAUAAGUCAGAUCUGGUACCAAAGGAGAAUUUGGAGAGCUGGCUAAAUUAUUUGAAGAAAGAAUUGCCAACAGUGGUGUUCAGAGCCUCAACAAACCUGAAGGACAAAGGGAAGAUAAGCAAGGUAAAGAAGAAAGCUGCUCCAUUCAAAAAUGAAGUCUGCUUUGGGAAAGAGAGCCUUUGGAAACUUCUUGGAGGUCUUCAGGAGACUUAUGGCAAAGCUAUUCGGGUUGGAGUAAUUGGUUUCCCAAAUGUGGGGAAAAGCAGCAUCAUCAAUAGCUUAAAACAAGAACGGAUAUGUAAUGUCGGUGUAUCCAUGGGGCUUACAAGGAGCAUGCAGGUUGUUCCCUUGGACAAACAGAUCACAAUCAUAGAUAGUCCUGGCUUCAUCGUGUCUCCACUUAACUCUUCCACUGCACUUGCUCUACGAAGUCCGGCAAGUAUUGAAGUAGUAAAACCAGUGGAGGCUGCGAGUGCCAUCUUGUCCCAGGCUGAUGCUAGACAGAUAGUACUGAAGUAUACUGUCCCAGAUUAUAAGAAUUCCCUGGAAUUUUUUACUAUGCUCGCUCAGAGAAGAGGUCUGCACCAAAAAGGUGGAAGCCCAAAUGUUGAAGGUGCUGCCAAACUGUUGUGGUCUGAGUGGACAGGUGCCUCCUUAGGUUACUAUUGCCAUCCUCCUACAUCCUGGACUCCUUCUCCACAUUUUAAUGAGAGCAUUGUGGCAGACAUGAAAGGGGGCUUCAAUCUGGAAGAACUGGAAAAGAAUAAUGCACACUGCAUGCAAGCCAUCAGGGGCCCUCGUUUAGCCAACAGCAUCCUUUUCCACUCUUCGGGCCUGACAAACGGAAUCAUAGAGGAAAAGGACAUACCUGAAGAAUUGCCAAAACAGAAAGAGAGGAAGCAGCUGGAGGAUGAUGAAGUUGUGGACAGUGACCAGGAAAGUAUUGACGGGGAAAACGUUGAUGAAAAGAGCUCAGACAUGUCCCCUGCAGAAGAGACAUGGGAGGCACUGCCUGAGGAGUCUACAGCAGGUGAACAGUCUGUAGGCUCUUUUACCUUGGAUAAAACAACUGAAGAGGAUGAUGCUUAUGAUUUCAGUACAGAUUACGUAUAACAGAAUCUUGUCCUUUUAUAAGGAGUUUUCUUCACAUUUUAAACAGACUUUAUAAUGUGCCAGUAUGACAUGAGCUGUGUAAAUUUUGUGGAUAUGUAUCUCAAUAUAUUCAUUAAAACAAUCAGACAAUUCA